AGCAUAGGCCAGCUACUUUUUGUAGAUUCAGUGGUAGUAAAUUACUUAAGGUUGUGUUUGGAUGGGGUGAUUUUUGGGGGGAAUGUAAUUCUAGAGGGUAUUUUAAAUCCCUUAAAUUGAAAUACCUUGUUUGGAUAUUUAUUUGUGGAAUUCUGAAAAUACUGGUAAUUAAAAGAGGUAAUUUAAUUAAGGGAUUAUGGAGUAAUCAGAAUACCCUCAAAAUAGGAAGUAAUUGGAAAAUCCACCCAAUCUCGCUCUCGCUCUCGCUCCUGAUCUCACUCUCGCUCUCUUGCUCUCGCUAGCGAUCUCGUUCUCUGCAAUCUCGUUCUCUGCAAAUCUCGUUCUCUGCAAUCUCGCUCUCCCGAUCUCACUCUCUCUGCAAUCUCGCUCUCUCGUUCUUGCUCUCCCGAUUCAUGGAGUUUCUUCCCCCUUGAUUCAGGCACAAAACAUCACUUUUGGUGAGCAUGUCAAGAGAUUCUAAGGUUCUUGUUUUCCUGUCUUUUAUGUUGUCAUGUCCAUUUACUUGUCUAUCUACUUAAUUUUGAAUUUUCAUUUACACUGUCAAUUCUUCCUUUCCUGUCCUAACAUGCUUUGAUUGUUUCAAUAGGACUAUAGGUACUAAUCAAUAAGUUGUUUGUGUGUGUUGUAAAAUCUAAAAGAGGAAUAAAGUUAUCUGUGAAGUUCAGUUUAUAAAAAAUAGUUUUCCUAGCGGAAGCUAACAGAGAUCUAGAGUGUUUUUUCCUUACUAAAUGAAUAUUUAUGUCUUUCUAGUAUUCAAUCAUUAUUUUUAUACUAUUUGAUUAAUCUGACGUAUAAUUUGUAGCUUCAAAUUGAUUGCCAUGGCAAGUUCAUACUUUUUAGAUAUUUCUUUCACUUCAAUGCUCCAGUACUUUUUACUUUUUUAGAGAAUGUUUUAACUUAACUCUUCACAUUUUCUUAGUGAGCUUGUACACAUCCCUUGUCCUUUUUAAUCACAUCUUAUCCAUUUUAUGUUUAAACUAGCUGAUUCUGAAUCUGAUUGAGUUAGCUUCUCUUACUUCCUAUUUUCUUUAUAGUGUCAUGCAAUAUUGAUGUUUUAUUAUAUGUUUUUUUUAUAGUUAACAAAUGGAUCUUAGAGUAGUUGACACUUCAGUUCUUUUACGAAAACGUAAAAGAAAUGAAGAAGAAGAGGCAAAAUUGCAAGAGCAAAUAACAUUCAUUGUUGCUAGUGUCGUUGCUAUGCUUUUAGGUGUAGUAGCUUGGUAUCAUGAGAUGCAUUUUGUUAAGGAACCGUCCCGAAAUUGGGAAUUGGAAAGACGCAAUUUCCUUAAUCGUCUAUAUAGAGGAACUGAAAGUGAUUGCAUUGAACAAUUAAGAGUCAGUAAAAGGGCAUUUUUUAAACUUUGUGGAAUUUUACAAGAUAAAUGACAGUUGGUAAGAACAAGAAAUGUCCCAACGAUUGAAGCAGUGGCAAUGUUUUUGCACAUCCUUGCUCACAACCUAAAGUACAGAGUAGUGCACUUUACCUAUUAUAGAUCCAAAGAAACAAUAAGUAGGCAAUUCAACAAUGUCCUACGAGCUAUGAUGAAAGUGAGUGGGGAAUAUUUGAAGUUUCAAGACCAUAAUAAUCUAGAGGGCUCUGAGGCAUACAAAUGGAGAUGGUUUAAGAAUUCGAUUGGAGCACUUGAUGGGACACAUAUUCCAGUAACAGUGGCAGCAGAAGAUAAACCUAGAUACCGUAAUAGAAAGGGUGACAUCUCUACGAAUGUGUUAGGGGUUUGUGGUCCAGAUUUAAAGUUUAUUUACGUGUUACCUGGUUGGGAAGGCUCGGCAGGAGAUUCACGAGUAUUGCGAGAUGCUUUACGUCGUCAAAAUCACCUUCAAAUUCCGAAUGGUAAAUACUUUCUGGUCGACGCAGGAUAUACAAAUGGCCCAGGAUUUUUAGCACCUUAUCGAGGGACUAGAUAUCAUCUCAAUGAGUGGAUUGGAAACACCCCUCAAAACUACAAGGAGUUGUUCAAUCUCCGUCAUGCAAGUGCAAGGAAUGUAAUUGAAAGAUCAUUUGGGAUAUUGAAAAAACGAUGGAGUAUAUUAAGAACUCCAUCUUUUUUGAUAUAAAAACACAAAUAAGAAUGAUUAACGCUUGUUUCGUACUGCACAAUUUUAUAAGAGAUGAGCAACAAUAUGACCCAAUUUUAGAGGUCCAGGACUUGGAGCUUUUAUCGGUUGUUGAUGAAGAGUUAACCAGUCAACAUGGGGAAACAAUUACAAGUAAUGUUGCAAAUGAGGUCACAACUAUUCAAGUAUCUGAGGCAUGGACAACGUUUCGGGACACUUUAGCAAUGGAUAUGUUUGUUGAAUAUCAACAUAGGAGAAACUUAGUUUAGGGACAACAUGUUAUCAGUUGUCUUUGCUUUCUACCUUGUUUGUUGUGUCUGUUAUCUGUUUUUCCAUUUCUUAUGUGUUUCUUGUUUAUUUUUGUAGUUGCUUUGUUCUGUUGUGUGUGUUGGCUCACUUGGAAGAGCCUUGUUUCCAAGCUUUUUAUCCUAUUAAUAUUAAUUGAAUGAUUGAUCAGAA